AAAGCGACGCGUGGUUGUUAUGGAGACCAGUUUGUUGUGGAAGUUUGAGCUAGCGAGUUAACCGUAGCUGUACUCGUAUUGAUUUGCUGAAUUUCUGUCAUUUGAGGUAAAUAACAUCAUCAGUUCUCCUCAUAAAUGUAAAUUGGGUAUCUUUUCACGAAGCAGUAAGAGCAGGUAUGGAGAAGUCUGGUCUGAUAAAUUUCAGUUCACUUGAAAAGGAGCUUCAAGCGGCGCUGGAAGCGGACAGGAGAUAUCAGAGGGAGAAUGAAGCCAAGUUUCGAGCUUUAAACCAAAAUAUCGCCAGCUAUGAAGAAUUCAGGGAUAUAGUACUUGCAUCUCACUUGAAGGCCCUUGACAGAAAGGACAUCUCUGGUGCUCCUCGAAAGCAGCCCUGGAAUCCCAUUGCUUUUGGCGCAAAGCAUGAGAGCGCUUUAUCUGAGGAGGUCCAGCCAAAGUUAUCUGAGAUCCAGCCAAGAAGUGCGUCAGAGUUCAUCCGUGAGUGGCGCAGGUUUGCGGGAAGUUCACUGGAAAAGUACAGUCUCCUCGUGAGUCUGGGAGGCAAGGCUCUGCAGGAGAUCUUCAGGACUGAGGUUGGCCUUGGUCUCCUCGGCGAGUUCCUUCUGAUUCUGUCACAGUGUCUGAAGUCAGGAGACGAGGAAAUAGUGUUCGGCGUGCUAGACGGCCUUUCCAGCACUGGCCGUUUUGGGCUUAACCUGUCUCUUCUUAGUCAGGCAGAACAAAAAGCCUGUGAGGAGCUUUUCCACAAGCUACAAGUUACAGCAGGUGAUUCUUCUGACACGUCAUUGGCUCGUGAGGCAAGUCUUACAGCAAAACUGAAAGCGUUGAUGGGAAAAUAUGGCAUCCAGAAAUAG